CAUAUGAAACUAGGAGGGUGAUCUGAUAUGCUCUAGUUCCUUUUUGGUCCUUUGGCCUCACUUUAGUGUUCACAAAUCUGAGACUGACUGGAUAAUUUAGUCUAUGGCUUCACCUAGGGAUUGUUGGAGCCUUUCCCCUAUAUUUCCCCAUCCAGUUUUGUAAACCCCAAAGAGAACCCUCUGGGGAAAGGGGUAAUAAAGUAGGCAGAAAAUGAAAUGUGUUGUAGCCCUCCUCACUGUUUCUGGAUCAGGUCUUGGUCUAUUUUCUGGGGCUUAUUCGGAGGAUUGAAACGUUGACAUCGAAAUACAACGUGAAAGACCAAGAACAUGCGGUUAUCAUUAGAAACGGCAGGGAGCAGUGUUUUCUCAAAAUGUUUAUCUGCAGAGUUCUAGGCGUUUGAACACACCCCUGUCAAACUUGUACCAGUGGAGCGGGGACAGCCUAAACUUAACUUGAGGAGACGGGGCAACGGAAGUAGGCUACAAAGUAACCGUUUGGCAGAUGACAUUGCAAGCAGAAAAAGGGGGAAAUGUCUUCGGGGUACAAAUCUUGGAUACUGCUUACAGGUUUUAUACUGUUCUAUGUUGCUUAUCUGUUGCUCGGAGCGCUCGUUUUCUCCACCAUCGAACGGCCGGUGGAGGACAAACUAAAAAGUGACAUACAAGUCCUGAAAGAAGAGUUUCUCAACCAAAGUUGCGUCAAUGCAACAUCACUUGAAAACUUUUUGGAGAAAGUUUUACAAGCCAAUAAGUAUGGAAUAUCUAUCCUUCCGAAUUCUUCUGCGAGUUCAAAUUGGGACUUGGCUUCCUCUUUGUUCUUCGCCAACACUUUAGUAACGACAGUCGGAUAUGGGCACACUACGCCCCUGUCGGACACAGGCAAAGCCUUCUCCAUCUUCUAUGCCCUGCUGGGAGUGCCCUUCACCAUGCUGGUGCUCACCGCCUGCGUCCAGAGGCUCAUGCACCCGGUGACCUACGGGCCCAUCGACAUGUGCCGCCAGAGGAUCGGCCUGGACCCUCUCGCCGCCACUGCCGUCCACUUUGCAAUCCUGCUGCUGCUGGUGGUGCUGGGAUUCUUCGUGGUACCCGCCGUGGUUUUCAGCCACAUCGAGGACACCUGGUCCUUCCUGGACGCCAUAUACUUCUGCUUCAUCACGCUGUGUACCAUCGGCCUGGGCGACUACGUGCCCGGCGAGAAGCCCGGACAGAAGUUCAGGUCGCUCUAUAAGAUCUCUGUGAUGGUGUACCUGUUUCUCGGGCUGAUGAUGAUGUACCUGGUCCUGCGUGCCUUCCACCGGAUGGCCGACCUGCAUGGCCUGACUUCUUUCUUCCAACUCCCCCACUGUGACGAGGAUACAGAGGAGGACAAGGAGCCCAUUAUCGAGGUCGGCCACGAGGACCAGCAUGAGGCAGAGGCCUCGGCCAAGCCCCUGGAUCCAGCCUCCCAGACCUCCUAUAACACCAUCAACCGAUAAGGACCGUUCUCCUUUACAUAAGUCAGGUGAAACAGCUAAACAGUCACUGUUUUACAGCAACACAGGAUGAGUUGAAAACCUGACCAUACUUAGAAAAUACAAAGACUAUCGUUACUGCAGUGAGGCAACUCAUGGCUCAGGUCAGACCUUCCUGCUACGACUGCUCAACUGAACCAAAAAGAAACUCUACAGAUGUCCCAGUGCACCCAGUUAACACUUGGCAAGGGUUGUUCGUCAAGGUGGGAGAAGGUUGUUGUUCCAUCACCUGUAGAGAACACUUCUGGUUGGGACUGAUGAGGAUUAUUUGUCACUUUUUGAUGUUUCAGACCAAAAUAUAUAUAUAUAUGUAUGUUUAUAUAUAUAUAUAUAUAUAUAUAUAUAUAUAUAUAUAUGUUUAUCAUAUACUGAUAUUUUAUUGUGGAUGUAUUUUCAUGUACACUUUUGUGGUUUUAGGUCAGGGUUGAUCAAGGAAGGUCGUACAGAAAUAUUGGAUGUUUCAAAAUCAAACAAACUCAUUAUAGUGGCCAUCUUUGAAAGAGUUUGUUGCCCCUCCCCAGUAAUUAGGUGAAAAAGCCAUUGCUUGAGACUUUGUCUUGAGUCAUAUGAUGGAGCACAUUCCCAGGACCCCCAUGGCUUUGUUUUUGCCUGUUGUGUAACAUGAUCUUGUGUUUCAAAUACAUUAAGUAUAUCAUCUGAAGGAUAACAAAUUUAGGGAAUAAAAGGAUUGAAAAUAAAAACUAAGUAUCUGUGUUCUGAUGUGUAGUUGUCUAUAGUUAAAUAUUAGGAUUUUCUGCCAUUGUGAAAGUAUGUACUUUAGCAUAUGAAGUUUGUCCAUCUUGAACAAUGUAGCAACUGACAAUGUAAAAACAGCCAAUAAUGUAAUAGCUUUUUCAUUUAUAAUUUAAUAAAUGCUGAUAAUGUAGAUUGCCAA